AUGAUUCGAUGUGACUUACACCAUUGUCGUAACUGUGGGAAUGUUUUCUGUGGUGAUUGCACAACGGGUAGAGCAGGUCUUCCCAAAUAUGGCAUCGAAAAGGAGGUUAGAGUAUGCGAUGCAUGUCUCGUUGAACUAAAAGUAUUGUCUGCAAGUGGUAGUAAUGGAGCGGCUCGUAGAGAAAAACCGAAGUUUCACUCGAAUACGACGACACAGCAACAACAGCAGAGAGAAGCUGAAAGGCUUAGACAGAAGCAGUAUCAAAAGGAAGCCGCUGCGAAAGCAGCGAAAGACAAAGAGUUGCGUUUGAAGGAAGAGGAAGACUUGCAAUUAGCUCUUGCUCUCAGCGCUUCUGAAGCCGAGUCGAAACAACAAAUUGAACGUCAAGUAAGUUGUGGCAUCUUCUGUAUUCUCUUUAUAUCUUUCUUCUCAUGUGGGUAG